UAACUAUAUAUUUCAAGAGGGUGUGCUUGUGUGAAAGGGAGAGAAAAAUGUACAAGAAGCACAACAACCCACAUAAAUCAGGAACAGAGGGUUUUGUUGUUAUAAAAAUAAGAGGAGGUACUGAAGAAGAAGCAUACUUUGAACAAAUCCCUCAGCCUCGUCCAAAGUUGAACCUCUCUGCCAUGAAGCUCUUCCAACGCUUCCGCAAGAUCUUCAUGCGCCUAAUGUUCUCGGUACCUAAUUCUCGUCGCUCAAAGGAUUCGAAGCACAAAGUUAAUGACCGGUUUGAACCGCCCAAGACUUCAUGCAGUUCCUACUAUUCCUCUCAAUCGCAUUACAGCGAGGCCAUUGCCGAUUGCAUCGAGUUUUUCAAUAAGUCAGCACAAGAUGGCGUUUUGGAUGGUCGAAAAUCUGAUGUUGUCUGAGUCUGACAUUAAUUGACCUUCGAUUAAUGUCUUGUGCCCUCGCGUUCUUUGAUUCGGUUGCCAUCAUAUGUGCUUUGUUCAUUAUACUUAUUAUAUUAUUUAAUUUCCUUAUGCUAUAGUGAUUCAUCUAUAUAUAUUUAUAUGGGAGAGCAUUGUAUUUUUGCAUAUAUAAUGGAAUUACUUCUAUUCAAUCGCUGGCUUCUUUUUUAUGUACUCCAAUCGUGUGUAUACAAUGAGGGAGAAUAAUGUUGACUGUGUAGGUUUUUAUUUUCUUUUAUUAGUAAAUGUUAAUGGCUAGUAUUAUUAGUUGUUUGAUA